UUUAGGAACGUACAUGCAAACACACAAAGUGCCGCCAGGCAGAUAAAGUAACAAAUUGUUUGGGAAGUAACAUAAACAUUUUUUUAGAAAUAAUAAUAGCGUUUAUACAAAAUGACUUCCAUAAUUAAACUACAUACAAUAUCCGGCGCAAUGGAUGAAACGCCUCCUUGUUAUAUAUUGCAAAUUGAUGAAGUGCGGAUACUGCUGGACUGCGGCUGGGACGAAAAAUUUGAUCCCAACCUAAUAAAAGAAUUGAAAAGGCAUGUGCACACCAUCGACGCUGUACUGCUGUCUCAUCCUGACGUUUAUCACUUGGGUGCGCUACCCUACCUCGUCGGCAAGCUUGGCAUGAAUUGCCCAAUCUAUGCUACAAUACCUGUUUAUAAAAUGGGACAAAUGUUUAUGUACGAUUUAUAUAUGUCGCAUUAUAAUAUGUAUGAUUUUGAUUUAUUUUCACUUGACGAUGUGGACGCUGCGUUCGAUAAAAUCAUUCAACUUAAAUACAAUCAAACAGUCUCGCUUAAAGGUAAAGGCUAUGGAAUCACUGUGACUCCACUUCCAGCAGGACAUAUGAUAGGUGGUACUAUCUGGAAAAUCCUCAAAGUGGGUGAAGAAGACAUUGUUUAUGCCACAGAUUUCAAUCAUAAAAAGGAACGUCAUCUAAAUGGUUGUGAAUUGGAGCGUCUCCAACGACCUUCAUUACUUAUAACAGAUGCCUUUAAUGCCCAGUAUCAGCAGGCACGCCGUCGAGCGCGCGAUGAAAAACUGAUGACAAAUAUUCUACAAACGGUGCGUAACAAUGGCAAUGUUUUAAUCGCGGUGGACACAGCAGGUCGGGUGUUGGAGUUGGCGCAUAUGCUUGACCAACUGUGGAAAAAUAAAGAAUCUGGUCUGAUGGCCUACUCUCUGGCUAUGCUAAAUAAUGUCAGCUAUAAUGUAAUUGAAUUUGCAAAAUCUCAAAUUGAAUGGAUGAGCGAUAAGCUAAUGAAGACCUUUGAGGGUGCGCGAAAUAAUCCCUUCCAAUUCCGACACAUGCAACUAUGCCAUAAUUUAGCUGAACUGGCUAAAAUGUCUAGUCCCAAAGUUGUGUUGGCCAGCACACCUGACUUGGAAUGUGGCUACACCCGUGAAUUAUUCGUGCAAUGGGCUGCAAAUCCUCUCAAUAGUAUUAUAAUUACUUCCAGAACAUCACAAGGAACAUUAGCAAUGGAUUUGGUAGAUAAUGCGUCGCCGGGGAGAAAGUUGGAAUUGGAUGUUCGUCGACGUGUAGAACUGGAGGGUGCUGAAUUGGAAGAAUAUCUGCGAACACAAGGUGAAAAGCUUAAUCGUUUGAUUGUUAAACAAGAUGUGGAAGAAGAAAGCAGUUCGGAUUCGGACGAUGACAUCGAAAUGAGCGUAAUCACCGGCAAGCAUGACAUCGUUGUGCGACCGGAAGGACGUCAUCACAGUGGUUUCUUCAAAUCGAACAAAAAGCACUACGCCAUGUUUCCUUUCCACGAAGAUAAGAUCAAGUGUGAUGAAUACGGUGAAAUUAUCAAUUUAGAGGAAUACCGCAUCUCGGAAUUGGGCUUUGAAGCGACUAUUGAUGAGAACAAUAAGGAGAAUAUAAAAAAGGAGGAACCCAAGGAGAGCAAACCAAACAGCGAUGAUGUUCAGUUAUUGGAGAGACCCACUAAAUGCACCAGCCAGCGGAAAACAAUUGAAGUCAAUGCACAAAUUCAACGAAUUGAUUUUGAAGGUCGUUCGGAUGGUGAAUCAAUGCUAAAGAUAUUGUCGCAAUUGCGUCCCAGACGUGUCAUAGUAGUGCACGGCACAGAGGAGGCUACAAAUGUUGUCGCGAAACAUUGUCAACUAAAUAUAGGCGCAAGAGUUUUUACACCACAAAAGGGUGAAACCAUUGAUGCCACCACCGAGUCGCAUAUCUACCAGGUACGCUUGACGGAGGGCCUCGUGGCGCAACUACAGUUCCAAAAGGGUAAAGAUGCGGAGGUCGCCUGGGUGGAUGCCCUUAUUGGCAUGCGAACACAGGCCAUAGAUUCGAGAGCGCCUAGCGACGGCGAGAACAUGGAGGUCGAGGUGUCCGAAGAAAAGACGCUCACACUUGAAACGCUCGAAACGGAUGACAUUCCCGUGCACAACGCUGUGUUAAUUAACGAACUAAAGCUGUCCGACUUCAAGCAAGUGCUAAUGCGCAACAAUAUCAGUUCGGAGUUCUCAGGUGGUGUUUUAUGGUGUGCAAAUGGUACGCUGGCUCUACGGCGUAUGGAUGCGGGUAAAGUGACAAUGGAGGGUUGCGUCUCAGAGGAGUACUAUAAAAUUAGGGAAUUACUUUACGAGCAAUAUGCCAUCGUUUAGUUAUUUGGUUUACGGUUACGUAUAAAAAUAUUACAUUUAAUAAAAAAACAACACCAAAUUAUUUAAAAUAGCA